AUGGAGUAUUUCAGCUUGAAGAGGUCAACUGUCGCGAACCGCGGUCACGCCAAUUUGUCAAGCAAGGUUUACGUGCGGUCGACGAAGAGUGGCAAGGUUCAGAAGAUCGUGAGGGAACUGUACCUGCGACAAGAUAUCCCGUGCUCGUCGAAUCUGUGCAGAGAAUGCUUAGAGAUUGCACCAACAGACUACUCCAAGAAAGUCGCGCCAUUCGUACUUUCAGACACACCCGCAGGAUCCAAGAGCUUCCCCAAUGGCCAAUAUCUCGUUCCAGACACCAACGCUUUCUUAACUGGAAUGGACUUGUUCGAGGUUGAGACGGCUUUUCACGAUGUCAUAGUACUUCAAACUGUGCUUGAGGAAGUCAAAAACCGAUCUUUGCCACUGUAUCAUCGCUUGAUCGCCUUGACGAAGAAUGAGGGAAAGCGUUUCUAUGUCUUUUUCAAUGAGUUCCGGCAAGAAACUCAUAUCACCCGUCACCAGGGAGAGACUAUCAACGACCGCAACGACCGAGCUGUCAGAAGGGCUGUGCAGUGGUACAACCAGCACAUCACCGAUGCAGUAGCUGCGCGCAGCAAGCAGCAGAAGCGGAUUCCCACCGUAAUCAUGAUCACGGAUGACAGAGACAAUUCACGCAAGGCAAAGGCAGAAGGUAUUCCUGGAAUUACAUUAUCUGACUUUGUGUCUGGCCUCGAGAACGCAGAUGAACUGCUGGACAUGAUGAGUGCCGCACAGGAACAGAGAGAGAUCCGCUCAAAGAAGCCCGAAGUCUUCUAUCCAGAUCACUUCUCGAUGUCCAAGAUGAUGACUGGCGUAAAAGCUGGCACUAUGCACCAGGGCAUAUUCAAUGUUUCGCAGUACAACUAUCUGGAGGGUUCCGUAAACGUACCCGCGUUCGACAAGUCCCUGAUUAUUUUAGGCCGCGAAAACAGCAACCGAGCUGUCUCCGGUGACGUUGUAGUUGUCGAAGUCCUCCCCAGCGACCAGUGGAAAGCACCGUCGACGAAGAUUGUUGAGGAAGACACCAUCGCCAAGAAUGACAAUGCCGAACAAGAGGAGGGCGAAAACGUCGUAAGUGAGAGGGAGAAGAAGGCACUGCAAGAGGAGGUCAAGCGCGCACAUGGGCAGAGCACCGAGGGCAAGCCUCAACCAACAGCUCAUGUUGUGGGUAUCAUCAAGCGCAACUGGAGGCAGUACGUAGGGCAUAUCGACCGUGACUCAGUGCGGUCAACAGCGAAGACGAGCAGGCAGCAACAAACCGUCUUCCUCGUGCCCAUGGACAAGCGCAUCCCAAAGAUCAGGAUACGAACUCGUCAAGCUGGAGAGCUCCUUGGUCAGCGUGUUCUAGCGUCCAUUGACUCUUGGGAGAAGGACUCGAGAUAUCCUGUUGGUCACUUCAUUCGGUCGCUAGGCGAGCUGGAAUCCAAGGGUGCCGAGACAGAAGCUCUACUGCUGGAGUGGGAUGUACAGUACAAACCGUUUCCUAAGACGGUACUUGAUUGCCUACCCGCUGAAGGUCACGACUGGAAGGUACCCGCGAGCACAGAAGACCAAGGCUGGAAGGGGAGAAGAGAUCUGCGCGAUCUCAUCGUUUGCAGCAUCGAUCCUCCUGGUUGCGUUGAUAUCGACGAUGCUUUGCACGCAAGAAAACUACCAAACGGUAACUACGAGGUCGGUGUGCACAUCGCUGAUGUAUCACACUUUGUGAAGCCGAAUAACGCCAUGGACAAGGAGGCCAGUCAACGUGGUACAACAGUGUACCUUGUAGACAAGCGCAUCGACAUGUUGCCAAUGCUUCUUGGAACGGACCUCUGCUCAUUGAAGCCGUACGUCGAGCGAUACGCUUUCUCCGUCAUCUGGGAGGUGAACGAGAAUGCGGACAUUAUUAAGUCGGAAUUCACAAAAUCCGUCAUUCGCUCAAGAGAGGCUUUCAGCUACGAGCAAGCGCAACUGCGAAUCGACGAUGUCUCUCAACAAGAUGAGCUCACAACGGGCAUGCGCACGUUGCUGAUGCUGUCCCAGAAAUUGAAGCAGAAGCGCAUGGAUGCUGGAGCCCUGAACCUUGCCUCGCCCGAGGUCAAGGUACGAUCAGAGUCUGAGACUUCAGAUCCAGUUGAUGUUCAUGUCAAGAAGUCGCUGGCUACCAACUCUCUCGUAGAAGAGUUCAUGUUGCUCGCCAACAUUAGUGUCGCUGCACGAAAUUACGAUGCCUUUCCCCAGACCGCGUUACUGCGUCGCCACGCCGCACCUCCCAAGUCAAACUUCGAGGAGCUCGCAAAUCAGCUCAAGGUCAAAAAGGGUCUGGAACUCCGAAGUGACAGCUCCGGCGCCGUAGCAGACUCACUGGAUAAGUGCGUGGACCCGAACAACCCGUUCUUCAACACUCUUGUCAGGAUUAUGGCCACGAGAUGCAUGAUGUCCGCAGAGUACUUCUGCGCUGGUACCCAAGCGUACCCCGAGUUCAGGCAUUAUGGUCUUGCUAGUGAGAUCUACACCCACUUUACAUCGCCUAUCCGUCGUUACGCAGAUCUCGAAGCCCACCGACAGCUCGCCGCUGCCAUCGAGUAUGAGCAGCUGGACGCCAGUCUGCAUUCAAAAGCCAAGCUUGAAGGUGUCUGCAAGAACAUCAAUGUCCGCCACCGUAACGCACAGAUGGCCGGGCGUGCUUCGAUCGAGUACUACGUUGGUCAGGCGCUGAAGGGCAAGGACAUCACAGAAGAAGGUUUCAUCAUGAAGAUAUUCUCCAACGGCUUCGUGGUCUUCGUGCCCCGCUUUGGCAUCGAAAGUCUGAUCCGUCUAAGGGAUCUAGCCACGCCUGAGCCAGAGGCUGAGUUUGAUGCGGAUAACUACCAAUUGAACAUCAAGGGUGACAUCAACAGGAGCGUAGAGUUGUUCGAGAGGGUCAUGGUCAGGAUCACGGAUGAGCUGGAGGAGAGCACCGGAAAGAGAAAGGUCAAGCUGACCUUGGUGUAA